AUGUCUUGGGUGCGAUGCUUGCGGCUCGCGCGGCUGAUCCGCUUUGUGAAGCUCAUGAACGUCAUCCGGCGGAUGGGCUGGGAAUGGACACGCCACGACGCGUUCGAAUUGUUCAUCCUGGCCGUGAUAGUUCUGAGCAGCCUCGCCAUGGGUGUGCAGGCCGAUGCUCCUGACCUCGUGGACUGGCACCUGGUGGAAAAUGUGUUUCUGGUUGUGUUUUCGUUCGAGCUUUUUGCCCGGCUCAUGCUCGAGGGAGCGUCGUAUUUUUACAACCGUCGCGAGUUCAUCUGGAACUGGCUCGACUUUGUUAUCGUGUGCAGUGGCUGGCUCGACUUUGUGUUCCAGCCAGAGAACUUCCACAUCCUGGCAUCGCUCAUGGGGAUGCCCGAUCUAAACCCGCCGACGUUCUUUACCAGAAUCGCCCAGCUGCUCCGGAUUCUGAGGCUGCUGCGAAUCAUGCGGCUGGUGAAGCUCAUCAAGAAGGUCCCCGCGCUGUGGUCGCUGUGGCAGGGCGUCGGCGAGGCCAUCUCCUCCAUGGUCUGGGUGCUCGUGCUGACGGUCGUCGUCCUGUACGCCUUCUCCGUCCUCAUGGUCUACAUCGUCAAGGACGCGAGCAUCUACCCCCACGGCCCCCCGGAGCCGGUCGCCACCGUCUUCCCGGACGUGUGGGGCUCUGUGUUCUCCCUGUUCACCGUGAUGAACGGCGACGAUUUGGAGUAUUUCGACCCAAUGAUCGACUCGUUCCAGCCGGCGCAAUGUAUUUACGUUGUUUUCAUUAUACUCUCGACGUGGGCGAUCCUGUCGAUCUUGACGGCGGUUGUCAGCGAGAAGAUGAUCAAAACCACCCAGGCGGAGCAAAGCAGGAGGCAAACCGAGGAGAAAGCGGAGCACAUGAAGAAGCUCGAGGAAGAAGUGAAGCGGGUCUUCGAGGAGGCGGAUGACGAAGGCGGCCUCGAGUCCAGCACCGGGAAGAUCAAGCGCGAGACGCUCGUGCGCAUUCUGCGCCAGGACGGACAAAUAAUGGAGAGGAUUUCGAAGCAGACUGGCUUGGAGUUCGACUGGGGCGGUUGGCGGAUGUGGCCGAGUUGCUCAGUAUCCACGAGGACAGCGAGGGAAAGGUGGACCAGGAGCUUUUCAUCAGCUGUCUGGAGAGGCAGUCCGACAGCGUUACCGAAAGCUCGUUGA